GAUUCUCUCCCACAGGUUUUCCUUUUUAUAUUACUCUUAAGCUUCCAAUAUCCGGAUCUAUCCGCUUCAGAGAGAAAAGCAUGGGUUGUGCUACAUCUGCUUAUGCUGUUGUGGGAAGGAAGAACAAGAAGAGGAUCAUCCAAGAAUCCGUAGUGUUUGUUUUGCAGCUUCGUGUUCCUGUUCAGUCUGAUCUUCAGCGCCAACUCAAAGGUGUUGCUCCCAAGACAACAAUCGAUCGAUUGACAUGUCUAAGGAAUCAGAUUCAGUUAGUAGCUGAGGACACAGGCGGUUCUGCCAUCUCUGAGCUGCGUACAGCUUUGGAGGAGUAUUUGUCUCUUCUAAACAUUCUAAUCAAGAAAAAGAAUGAUGGAAUGGAGGGAUGCGUGGAGUUCAAGUGGAGAACCCUUGGAGAUGGUCGACGAGCAGAGAUAUGUUUCACAAACCUCUGGAUGGAGAUGUUGACCGUGAUCCACAUGAUGGCUGCAUUGGCAUUGACUGAGGCUAACUCUCUUAUGAUUCCAAAGGAUUGCUCUGAUUCUGGCAAUGGCAUCCGUGUGGUCUCCACUGAUUGCAGGAGAGAUGCCGUUGACUUGCUUCUCAAGGCGUCUGGAUACUUGGAGUUCUGCAUUCGAGAGAUUCUCUCUCGAUUCCCUCCUGAUAUAAAAAAUAGAUUGCCAGAUGAUAUGCAUGAGAACGUGAUACAAACUCUCUCUAUCCAAGCACUUGGCCAGGGAACUGAGAUUCAACUUGGAUUGGCAGUUGAUAGCCAGAAAGCAACACUGUCUGUGAAGAGGAGACUUGCAUGUGAGCAAGUCAUCUACUUCUCUCAGGCAUAUCACUGCUUGUCUGGUUGUGAAGAAGUCAGCCAUGGAUGCGCCAAAAAGCUUCUCCGGUUUAUCUACUGGAAGUUUCUGGAAGCAAAGGCUGCGGCAUACUACUACCAUGGACUGGUAACCGACAAAGGAAGUGAACCGGCUUGCCACGUAAGUGCGGUGUGUUGUUUCCUUGCAGCUGCAGAGAUCCUAGGAGAAAGCAAGAAGGCUUGUCUUAGCUUCUGUUUGGCUCCUCCUGUCACCAGACCUCCUCCUAUGUGGGGGGUUAUGAAGCAUUUGAGCCAGAAGAUUCCAGAAGUUGCUUUUAGGAAAUCUCAAAUGUAUGGAUACUUGCUUGAAGAAGAAGAAAAGGCAAUGCAAUGUUUACCAGAGCUCCCAGACUUUCAAUUGUCACUGAGACCAGACGAGUUUGAACUGCCUGAAAUGGAAGCUGGCUCUUUCACGGGAAACCAGACCCAACUUCUUAGUGAACAUCUUGACAAUUCCUCUGAGAAUCAUGAAGAUGAUGAUGAUGAACUUGAUCGUUGAGCAGCACUAUCUACACAUUUUCUUUGGGUAAUUUACCACUUACAUUCCUA